ACCGACGUUAAACGUAAAAAUCUCGAGACGAAUGGAAGGCCUUUGCGACUGAUCUGUACAGAAAAUGGUUGAAUCUGACGAGGAUCCGCCGUAUGGAGCGAUUCCGAUCCCUGGGCUGAGUUCGAAUAUCCUUCGAAUUGCGAAUGUUGGAGAGAUCAAGUAUCGCGUAUAUGAUUCGACAAGCAAGUUGAGGUUACGGAAAGCGGAAUGGAUGUUGAGGACGGAGCAAGGGGCGUUGUGUAGUGUUGAGAGGGAGGAGUUAUGGGUGUUUGCCAAUACUUUGGGAAAGACACCUACGGGUGAAGCUGUAUGGCCGGAGAUUGAUGUGCAUGAACAUGAACUCCAAGAAACGUCUUCAGGCGCAUUUAUUAUCCGCCCUCAACAUCUCUCGCCGCAUACGCAAACCCAUAUUCCACCCACGACACACACCGCGUUUCUCAACUCCCUCAAAGGCCUUCUCUCUCACCAACUCACCCAAUCCCACGGAUUUGUCCCACUCGGGUCGUCGCUACUAUAUCCGACGGCUGGGUUGGGGGUGGUGAAUGCGAGGAGAUGGAUUUUGUGUGGGUUGGAGGCGAGGGUUUUGGGUGAUGGGAGUGUCUUGGUAGCGUUGAACGGUGAGGAGAAGGGGAGGUGGUUGCGAUGUUUGUGUGAUGAUCGUCGUGGGUAUAUCCAUCCAGUCGAGGCACAUGAGAGAUGUUGGCUCGCACCUACAGGGAGGGAAUGCAAAGUCCUCUCACACAUCCCCAUCGCCGACCGCUACUGGCCGGAAGUCAAGGUCUUGGUCGAUGGAUUAGAGAAAGUCGUCCCCGCCCGUCAUGUCUUCACCGACUACGAACCUCGAACGCCCCCCAAAGAAGACCUAACAAUAUGGAAAAAAGAGGACGCGAUUAUGGAUGCGUUGAGGAUGUGUCGUGAGUUCAAACUGGGUAUGGAAUCGGGCGAGAAGAAUGGGGAUGUGGAGGAGGAGAUGGUAGGGCCGAAGGGGAGGAAGGAGGGUGCGGUGGGGGUUGUGUAUCCGACUCCGCCGGAUGCGUUGUUGCAUCUUCCUGGGGUACACUCUAUUCAACAACAGCAAAUCCAAACACAGGCGCAGAUAUCACCGCAACCUGCCCCUACUCCGGCUGCUUCAACCGCCUCAGUCGAAGCACCGAACCCGAAAGACGUCAAGCAAACUGUGUCUAAAAGCAAAAAAGAAAACUCCUUCGACUUCUGGGACGCGAAAUUUGAUGAACCAGAUCUCGACGAAGAUGAUUUAUGGGGCGAAGACGAUGACGGGGUAGGAGGGUUCGGACAGGGUGUUACGGAUGCUGAUUGGGACUUUUUCGACAAACCCGCGAACGAGCCCUACGCUGAACCUGUGCAAGAUCAGGUGAUGGAGGGCAUUGAGGAUACGAGAGAUGCGGAGAUAGGGGAGGCUCAUGUCCUGCCCGGGCCCCCAGGAGACAAAAGGGGUUGGGAUGGGGACAUAGAGGAGAGGAUGGAGGUUGAUCAGCAGCCAGCGAGGGUGCAGCAGAGGGAGGCGCAAUACCCGGCGGGGAUUCUGCAGUAUGAUUCGCCUGCAGCGACGCCGAUUCAUCCGAAAGAUGUACGGGUGCUCACACCGCAACCUAAGUCGCUCGGGAUACUCGGCGCCGCAGCCGAGGUCAACAGCGAACCUCGAGGCAAGGAAAACAAGGUUUUGGUACCGAAGGGAUUCGAGGCAGUCAAGUUCUCCGCCAAAGUCGAAAAGAACGACAAGAAAUACGGAGUUGGGGGACGGUAUUACGCUCCUCCCAAAUCGUCCUCAUCCUCCUCUUCCGACACCACCAGCUAUGAUGACGACGAAGACGAACCACAGCCAGUCCAGCGGAAACGACCGUGGGAAGAGGCGUUCGAGAAGGUAUUGGUCAAGCCCCCGCCAUCGGAGGUUGCGGAAACACCGGAAGAGGUUGAUCCGGAGACGGAGUUGGUGGGGAUGGCGUGGGAGUGGGAUUCCAAUCACUUAUUUCGGGACGGGUUUAUGGGCGAUCCUGAACCGCAGAGGGUUAUUAGCGAGGAUAAAGCUGGGAUUGUACAGGUGUUUGUCGAACAUGUGCUCUUUGGGUAUGAAGUACCUCCAUUGCCAUCGCCGGACGAUGGCUUUAUUCCGAAGGGGAAUACGUUGUGCAAGGCUUUGAGGAGCGCGGUUGGGGAGGUUGAGGGGACGGAGGUUUUGACGGCGAGGGGAUUAAGUGAGAUCGCUGACCCUGUACCGCCUGAAUCUACUGUUGGAGGAGGGGGAGGGAAGACGGGGUUUAAGCCGAAGGCGGUGCCGAGGAGUGCAAGAAAGAAUUCUGUUGUGGACGGCGAUGUGACGAUGGAAGAUGCGCCGUUGGGGGAAGGGAGCAAGGAUUUAUUUUUGAUCCCGCCUCCGAAGUUGACGACGAUGUUCAAGGAGAAGAAGAUCGAGUACUCGGUCCUUGCACAGCGGUACUGGACCACGAUUGGUCUUGCGCCUUUAGGCGGCCCGCGAAACGUUUCGGCUAUCAUUGUUUACCCCGGUUCUGAGGCGAUGAGCUAUGCGGCCGAUUCCUUCCUGAACAGGAUGAGAGGGACUUGGGAGCUUAAUAAGUUGGGGAAGCAUCGGGCUUUUAUGGGGGGCAGUAAGGUUGCUGUCAACCUUGGCGGAAGUGAGAAGGAGGGUGAAUGGGAGGGUGCGUGGAGGAUGAUGAAUGCGAAGAUUUUGGGCGUUGGUCGACAGCUCCGUUCCUCGGCUGCUCAAGAUAGUGGUGCGCACUUCGUUGUGUACAUCGUUAACCCAUUCAAUAAUCCCGCCGCUACGGCAGCUCUGUGUGGGAGUUUUGCACAGAUGGAGAAGCUUUAUCAGAGUGGUGGAGAUAAGAUGCCGCGGACUUCUGUGAGUUUGUUGCCGAUGAGGAUGUUGGUGGGGGACGAGUGGGGAUGUAGAGGGAAGUUGAACCAGAGGGAGUACCUCCAGAUGGCAUUGGCAUUGUAUGAGAGGCUUGGAUUUACGCAGCAGAAGGCUCUCGAUGUCUUCUCCAAAUCACCGGUCGCAAAGCCAUGGGUCUUGGCGCAUCCAGUCCCAACUCAAAUCAACUUCAGGUUGUCCACGCAUCGGUCGCCGUCGAUCUUACACGAGAAUAUGAUGUUGCAUGUCGCAUAUGCGGUUUCAGAGGAUGGAAGAUGGCUCUGCGUUGCCUGGUGCAACGAACACGGCGAAUACACUUUCGCCGACGCCUUUCGAAUCAAUCUGGAGGACCCGGGUGCGAAGGGGUGGCAUGAGGCGUACCAAAAGGCCUGGACAAAGACGAUGGAGAUCAUCAGCGUGAUGAAGAUCCAUUGGAGAGUUGUUGUUGCGAAGCAUGGUUUCAUGACGACGGAUGAAAUGAGUUUCUGGUUGCGCCUAUCUACCGCGAACGAGGGAGCUUCUCCGUACAGCCUUACUCUAGCAAGCGUAGACGUGGAUUCUAACCUUGCGUUGAGCACGUUCGGGGAUCAACCGUUGAGGUUAGAUGACCUAUUCGAUCCGGAGGACUUUAGUGAGUACAAAAGUGUGGACCAGACCUUGAAGGAGGGAUUGGGAUACAAGGACGAUGAGACGUGGGGCAUGAUACUGAAUUAUCGCGUCCCUUGGCCUUGCGAGGGUGAAUCUGAAGGCGCGAUGAAGUAUCCGGCGAUGAGUGCAUAUCUACUACGGAGAGCAGAAGGCGACGUAUGUGAAGGGGUGCAGGUUCACCUCCUUUACGCGCGAGAUCAACUACGACCGUUGAUGAAAGAUAUUCUGGGGCAAUAUCGGAAUUUGGCGGUGUUACGGCGCUAUUCAAACAGUAGGCAAUCGGUUCCUUGGCAUAUAUGGGCAGUUCAGCGGCUUCAGGAGGGGUUUAAGUACUUAUCAUGACAGUAUGGAGCAGCAUAGGGUAUGGGUAUCGGAUAGUUGGUAAGGAAGGAGUUGGGGGUCGGUCCGAAGAUAACUCCUGAGAAUCCCGGGGCGGAAAACAGCAGCAGUCUAUCAAAGGCCAAGGUGCGUCCUUCAAAGAGAGAGUCACAGAAAUAACUGGGAGAGAGGAGUGAACGUGUCUUCAAUACAUACUUUCACCGACCUGCGGGUAUCAUAUUG